UUUCCAGAUGUUACGGCUCGCCUGAGUCUCUGAGCGCGCCAGGGGCAUUUGGGUGGGACGCGAUGGAUGUCUGAGGGUGUCCACGCGCUCGCGUGGGCUCAGCCCCAAGUGCAGGCGCCCAGAGACCCAGCGAUAGCUCUGAAUCAGGUGUUGACCAGCACUUUCUACCCCCACCGGCUUGGGCCAGUCACUGGACCCUGGACUUUGACCUCUCUCUCUCCACCAGGCCGGGGCAGCUGAUGGUUUUGGCGAAGUAUCUUAAGGUAGCUGGGCCCACCCCCUCUUCCCCACCUACCCUUCGUCCUCCCCCCCACACCACCACCACCCUGGCUCCUCUCCCUCAUGACCGCCUGGAUCCUCCUUCCUGUCAGCCUGUCAGCCUUCUCCAUCACCGGACUGUGGACUGUGUAUGCCAUGGCCGUGAAGAACCACCACGCAUGCCCCGUGGAGAACUGGUCCUACAACGAGUCCUGCUAUCCUGACCCUGCUGAGCAGGGGGGCCCCAAGACCUGCUGCACCCUGGACGAUGUCCCCCUCAUCAGCAAGUGUGGCACAUACCCCCCAGAGAGCUGCCUCUUCAGCCUCAUUGGCAACAUGGGUGCUUUCAUGGUGGUCCUGAUCUGCCUCCUGCUCUACGGGCAGCUCCUGGAGCAGAGUCGCCAUUCCUGGGUCAACACCACGACACUCAUCACAGGAUGCACCAAUGCCGCAGGGCUUGUGGUGGUUGGCAACUUCCAGGUGGAUCACGCUAAGUCUCUGCACUACAUUGGAGCUGGUGUGGCCUUCCCUGCUGGACUGCUCUUUGUCUGCCUGUACUGUGCCCUCUCCUACCAUGGGGCCACAGCCCCCCAGGACCUGGCUAUGGCAUACGUGAGGAUCGUGCUGGCAGCCAUUGCCUUUGUCACCCUGAUCCUCAGUGCUGUCUUCUUCUUGCACGAGAGUUCUCAGCUGCAGCAUGGCGCAGCCCUGUGUGAAUGGGUGUUUGUCAUUGACAUCCUCAUUUUCUACGGCACCUUCAGCUACGAGUUUGGGGCAGUCUCCUCUGAGACGCUGGUGGCUGCCCUACAGCCUGCCCCUGGCCGGGCCUGCAAGUCCUCCGGGAACAGCACCUCCACUCACCUCAACUGUGCCCCCGAGAGCAUUGCCAUGAUCUGAGGUCUGGGGAGGACAGCUAGCCUGGCCUCCACAGCUCCGCAGCCCAUAUCCUUGAGUUUAUUUUGUACCAAAAACAAUUUUAAGAAAGUAUUCUGUUGGGACAAGAGUUUCCUCAUCACUGGAGGAGUGGCCGUGCCACACCACCUGUGCCAUAGAGGAGCAGGGCCUGGCAACUGCUCCCCCACGCCAUACACAGUGUUGUUAGGUUUAAAGGUCACGUAUCCUCAUUCACCCAGCCAGACCUUCAGGUGCCUUCUACUCCCCAGUGCCAAGCCAGACCACUGGGGUUUCCUGCUGCAGGAAAUGGGAACUGGGAACAGCAAAAGGGAUAGAAGUUGGGGGGAGGGGGGUGAGCACUCCUUAGUCUGAGGGAAGGCCCACUUUUGGGCCCACUGAGCUGCACUGGGAUUCUUCAUUCUGCUCCUUACUUUCUUUAGGACAAAUAACACAGCAGAACCACAUGGGUAUUUUAGUACAUUUUUUUUAUAUCUAUUAAAAGAAUUCUAAUUUG